CCUCCGUAUUGGAAAUAUUAAAGAACCAGUCGCAACAUGAGCAUGUGCUCCUGUCUUGUCAGUAUUAGUUGGCUGUGAACUUCGACAACUGCCGCCACCGGUAUCAGCUUAUAUAUAGCAUCAGACAAAUAAUAACAUCUACAGCAAAAGAUACAUACAUACAUACAUACAUACAUAAACACACACACACAUACAUAAACAAAAACACUGGUAAGUAAACAAACAGCAACAAUUAUAUUAAAGAAAAUACGAAACGAAAAGUUGUAAACAAAUAAUAAAUUGAUAACAGGGAUACAAAUAACACAUACGUACAUACAUAUAUGCACACACACACACACACACACACACACACACACACACACACACACACACACACACACACACACACACACAUACGUACGGACAAAAAAGCGUACAUAUAUGCUGAUAAAAACGUACACACAGACACAGACAGACAGACACACACACACAGACACACACACAUACACAUACACACACGUAAUAUGUUUUUAUAUGGUUUGAUAAAUCGAUGCAGACGGAAAUAAAAGCAGAGGCGUUGCGUGGUGUUUGGUCACCCAAUAUAGUAAACUAAAUUGUUCUCCCCUUCAUAAAACGUAAAAUAUAUAUGACUGCAGCAAACGCACGAAUAUAAAAAAAAGUAUUCGGCCAGUGCAAGCACCACGCCUCACGAAGAAAAAUAAAAGCAAAACAAAACAGAGAGACAAAAACAAGACAAAAUCUUUCAUUGAUAAAAUCAAUGCUCACAUUUGAUUUUUUAGUAAAAAAUAAAAUUUCUGAUAGCAAGAGACAUGAAAACUAUUAUAUUAACACACUGGAAUCGGUCGCUUACCUGGAUUGUUUUUUGUACUUCGUACGUUGUCAUACAAAGUGCACUAGGAAUUGAUAAAAGAGAAUCGUUUUCAAGCAGAGACAUUGUACGAUUCUCGACAUGCAAUUCGAAAAGGAAUUUUGGUCCCAAGCAGCAAAUGUGCGAUGCUGCUUAUAAAGACACCAAACUGGAUUCAAUUACUAUACAUCCAUCAAUGCCAGGCGUUCAAGUUUGGACUGUUCCCAGAACUGGAGAAUACAGUAUUUUGGCUCUUGGUGCUGAAGGUGGCAGGGCAAUAGCUCCACUACACCAGUCACGUGAAGCGAAGCAGUUAGCUCCAUAUGCAAUGGCGUACUUUCAUUUAUCUGAAGGUACAAAACUCAAUAUCUUGAUCGGUCAGAAAGGUCAAGAUGCUUGUUCUUCAUUUUUUACAGGAAUUUUUAAUUGGCCAGAUAACUGA